UCUCAGUCCUCUGAUCCAGUCCACCCCCGUGUUCGUCUUUGUCCGUCUCUAAACCAUGUAAACCGGUUCAAGGGGACAUUGUGUCGCCGAACCCAUCGGAACUGAAAAGUCGCGCGCGGAGUUCGCAUCAUGGAACAAAACGCAGAAGAAGAAGAGCACGUGAACGCAUCAACUUCCAGAGCUCCAGAUGCUGCAGACGCCAUCCCAGACAUGAGAGGGACUGAGUCCUGUGGUCAGGAUGACAGCAUGGCCUCUGACGAACCCCCCUGCGGUCUCACAAACAGGAGCGGCAGCUUCUUUAAGCUGAUUGACACAUUUGCGUUGGAGAUUGGGGAGCUAAAGAAGGAGAUGGUCCAGACUUCUCCCACUAUGGACAAAGAGCCCAUGUUAUUACCAGGGCUGGAGAGUGGGGUUUACUUGCAGGCCCAGCACCGUGUCGGGUCAGAGGGUGAGAGGGAUUCUGGCUACGACUCCUUGAGGAGGAAGAUGAGCGUGUUGGAAAGGUUGACGCAGACUCACCCGGUGUGGUUGCUGCUGGCGGUCAGUGAAGAGGAAGCCACUCGCAUACUGCUCAAACAGCUGCCAGGGGUGUUCCUGGUCAGGAAGUCUGCCACUCUACAAAGGAAGGUUCUCUCUGUGCGUCUGGAUGAGGAUCAGACAGAAACUCCAAUACGUCACUUCACUGUCAGGGAGAGUCAGUACACUUUUUCUCUGGAGGGAUCUGGGAUCAGCUUUGCAGAUCUGUUCCGCCUUGUGGCGUUCUACUGCAUUAGCAGAGAUGUCCUGCCAUUCGUGCUCAAACUCCCAGAAGCCAUUGCAUCCGCAAAGACCCAGAAAGAGCUGGAGGAGGUGGCUCAGCUUGGAGCAGGCUUCUGGGACUCAGCCCUGUGCAGUCAACGGCGCUCCUCCCCCCAACCUUAUCGCCGUCUGAGCCGGACUCUCAGCCCCCAGCGGACUAACAGGAACAGGGAGGUUGAGGGUUCGCAGCAGCGUCAUACCGGGACUCACAGCGACAGCGCUCCCCCAACCUUACAGCCCCACACUCCUCCACCUUCCUUUCACCUGGAGAGCAGGCAACUCAGCGGCCCCCUGUGCUUUGUUAACCCCCUGUUUCUGCAGACGCAUCCCCACCGCCACUGGGAGGACAACCCGCCUUCACAGCCCAACACAGAGGAUGUGGUCGAGUCAAAGCUACUGACUGACAGCCAGAGCAGCGAGCAGCACGUCAACCAGAUUAAAGUUAACGGUAAAUCCCGGCCCCCUCCUCCUCGCCCCCCUCCUCCCCGCUCAAUGCCACGCCGCCGGCCGGCUCCGCCUCCACCUGGACCUCCAAUAGCAACCACCAGACCCAAGAGCAUGCCAGAGGCUGUAGCUGGAAAGCAGCAGCAGUCCAGCCGGCGCCCAGCUCCUGCUCCUCCAUCAAUGGGCAGCAAGCCCUCCAGUCCGUCCAAAAGCACCACCUCAUCAAACCCGCCACCUCCACGGCCCAAGAAGCCCGACCUGGAAGCCCACCGCUGCCACAUUGCUCUGGAUGAUGAAACCAUCGCCAAAGCCCUAUCUCGUGCCAAGCUUCCAACAUGCCAGCCGCCACCUGCCAUCCCUGCCGACCUUCCGCCAGAGACUAGCACCACAAGUCCAUCGGGUCCUCACGAGAGGGGACGCCAGCGGCUCAGUGACAUGAGCAUGUCCACUUCCUCCUCCGACUCUCUGGAUUAUUCACAGUCUCCUGGGUUCUCCCUGGGUCUGCCUCCAAGCCCAUCUCAACACCUCAACCAUCAAGAUCCCGUGGACGACAGCAGUGAAGAGGAUGAGGACGGUGAAGAAGAAGAGGAGGAAGACUAUGGCGUGGGCCUGGAGGCAGAUCUAGAUAUGCGCCUCCGUCCAUCCUUCAAGUCACGGGGGCGAAGGGUGGGUGUGAGCCUGAGCGGGGGAUCGUUCAUCCUGCCCAGGGCCCUGAAGGGACACUUCAGCAAGGUGAGCGGCAUGCUCAGCUCCCUCAUGACGCCGGAGAGGCGGGCUGUAAAACGGAUCGCCGAGCUGUCCCGGGACAAAAGCUCCUACUUUGGUUCUUUGGUUCAGGACUACAUCAGCUUCGUUCAGGAGAAUCGAAGCUGUCACACAUCAGGAGUGGAUUUUCUGCAGACUCUCAGGCAGUUUAUGACCCAGAUGAAGGCGUACCUGCGCCAGAGCUCUGAGCUCGACCCUCCCAUCGAGUCCCUGAUACCAGAGGACCAGAUCGACCAGGUUCUUGAGAAAGCCAUGCACAAAUGUGUCCUGAAGCCUCUGAAGAGCGUGGUAGAGGUGGCUCUGCACGACUUCCAGGUGAACAGCGGAGCUUGGCAGCAGCUCAGAGAGAACUUGGCCUUGGCGAAGAUGAAGAAGCCCCAGGAGCUGGGGGUGGACGGGGCCGUGCCCCCCGACUCUGUGGCUAUUGAGAAAAUCCGCCACAAGUUCCUAAACAUGAGGAAAAUGUAUUCCCCUGACAAAAAGGUGUCGCUGCUGCUGCGAGUGUGUAAACUUAUCUACACCAUCAUGCAGGAUAACUCAGGGAGGAUGUACGGGGCCGAUGACUUCCUGCCCAUGCUGACUUACGUGGUGGCUCAGUGCGAUACGCCGCAGCUGGACACAGAGAUCCAGUACAUGAUGGAGCUGCUGGAUCCGUCUCUGCUUCAAGGAGAAGGGGGCUACUACCUGACCAGCGCCUACGGAGCCAUGGCCCUCAUCAAGAACUUCCAGGAAGAGCAGGCUGCCCGGGUGCUGAGCUCCGAGGCCAGGAACACGCUGCACCAGUGGCACCGCCGGCGGACCGCCCAGCGUUCAGUGCCGUCUGUGGACGAUUUUCAGAACUUCCUCCGCGUCGCCCUGCAGAAAGCAGGCUCCGGCUGCACAGCCAAAACCCUGCUGGUGCACCCAUACACCACCACGGAGGAGGUCUGCUCACUCUGCGCAUACAAGUUCAAGAUCCCUGACCCAGAGAACUACGCACUCUUCCUGGUCACCGAGGACACCAGCCAACAGCUCGCUCCAGACACGCACCCCCAGCGAAUCAAAGCCGAGCUCCACAGCCGGCCACUCGCACAGGUCUUCCACUUCGUCUACCGGAGAGUACCGAACCUGAACCUAUGCAUCCCGACCGUUAUGCAGAACGGAAACUGCCUUCAAGUUGAAUAGCGAGGGAAAUCGCCCUCAGCAGGAAUUAAGUCUUCACGGUGCCUGCAGGUGUAUGUUUUGUAGAUAGAUUUCAGGAGGUCUGAGUGGAAGCAGGAAGAGGAAAGAAGUGAUUUUAGAUUUUCUAAUGAUCCACCAGCUGGUCGGGUGGACUCUGAACCAUGCUGGCAUGUUUUACUCACACAUGUGUAGCCUGGCAAAGAUCAGGAAAUCCCUGUAUGUCGUGGUGUGCUGGAUUUUUAGCAUGUGCAGCGUGGAAGGAGGUGAGAAGUUUGGAUGUUGGAGGUUAGAAAAGAAAACGAGUGAAUUUUAUGCAACUAACUUUUGCCUUAACUGCUGUUCCAUGUGUCUUUAAAAGGAGUUAAACAUACUGUUUCCUACUGAGAGCAGUAAGAUGAAUUAUUAUUAAUGUGUUUUUUAUUCUGUUACAAUUGCAGGUCAAUUGUAGGUUGUGUUUUUGUGUAGAAAUAUUUUUAUAUUCCCUGAAAUGAUUUGUAUUCUGAAUUAAUAUGUAUUCUAUACUGGACUCAGUACUGGACUUAUUUAUGCCAGUAAUGUCUGAAAAGUCAGUUUCAAUCAAUAUCGUUCCUGUUUCUUAUGAAAGGCCUAAAGCUGACGUUGGAAAUAAAAUUCUCUGAAUGAGA